GUCUCGAGUGUGAGCGCGGAAGGAUCGAAGGGCACGGCGAUUCGACGGCACUGCUGGUGCAUUCACGAUUGACUGCUUUUGGUGCAUGGGCGCGACCAAUGCUGUCCCGUUGUGCUUGCUUGCAUCUCAUACGACCAUGUGCACCUCAACACUCGCACUGCCUCCUGUGCCGCCCUGACGAGAGGAGCAUCCUUGCUUCAACCAUCGAUCAUCACACCGAGCUGGAAAUCAGCACGCAUCAUCGUCAUGCUGAGAUCGCUCUCCUCAUCCGCCGCGCGACCGGCCACGGCUGCUGUCGCUUCGGCCACGUCCACACCAGCACUGUACAGAGGCAUGGUAUCUACAGUGCUGCUCAGCCGCGACUCGUAUCAAGCAGCCAAGGCGACGGAGCUCAAGGCUGAGCUGAAAUCUAGAGGCCUCUCAACCACAGGCAAGCGAGCAGAUCUGAUUCAACGCUUGUUGGACAAUGACGGCAAGAGAGCAGCUGGCGUUCCCAACGUGACGAAGCCAUCCGCAGCCUCUGGUAACUCGUCCACUGCAAGCAGGCGCCUCUCGACGACUCCUGCACCUCAAGCUGCUCCCGCAACUGAAUCCAACGUUGCAAAUACCGCAGAGCUGGACAGCCGAACCAACGCUUCUGUGCCUCAUCCUCCCAACAUCCUGCCAGGCCAAGUAUCCAACUCCAAAGAUGCUCUGCCCGAUCUCACAAAGCUUUCCAGCCCUGAUUCAAAUCCUCCCGGCCUGCCACCCAUCAAGAAUCCCAAACCGGCGGCAUUCUUCGACGUCAAGAUUCCCUACUACGAGCCGCCUCCUGUGUCGGGACCACAAGUGCCACUUUUCACUGCGUACUUUGAUCCGACUCAAAGAGGGGCGGGCUCUGCCGAAGCUCAAAGGCCUUAUGUUCCACCUCGCAAGAUCAGUAUCGCUGCCGGUGCGGACGUGGCGCACACAUUGGGCGACGUGACGCUUCCAGAGGACAUUUCUCUCGAGCAGAGCACUUCGGGUCGAGCUGCGGGAGGGGCAGGGGCGAUUGCGCAAGGAGCAACGCAGAGCAUGACGAACGGCAUCAAAGAAUUGCUGGGCGCUUUCAGAAGGGAUUUGGGUAUUGCUGAACCUUCUGCAGAGACGCAACAGGCAGCGGCAAAGGUGUCUUCCAAAAUUUUGGAAGGUGCUCGCGUAGGUGCUGAUGUGGCCAAAGUAGCACUCGGCGAAGCUUCGGCGGCAAUUUCCAAUGCCGCGCCGGAUCGCGCAUCAACGAGUGGCAACGACGACGGAACGAGCAGCAGCAGAGCAUCCUACUCGCCCCAACCUGCUCAGUUCAGUGCCUCUGACAGCACAGGUCUGUACGUCUUGCUCGGUAUUUUGCUAGGCGGAUACACGCUCGGAGGUCUGCUCUCUCCAAGCGGCAAGAAGCACCAAAAGAAGAUUGCUACGCAAUUGGAAGGGAUUAGAAAGGAAGCCGAAUUGGAGGUGCUCAAGGUGAAAAUCAGCAGCGCAUUGGACUUGCCGCGGUCAUUUACGCAUUGGAGCGAUAAGGACGUCGCGCACCUCGUCGCAAGGGCUGAGGAGGUGCUGCAAUUGCAAAAAGCUGCUCAGUGAAUGGCUUGCCGAUGACAUUGUACCCUCACGCCCGCAAAUAGACAGGUAUGCACACAGGUGCUUUUGAGAGAUCUAGAU